AUGCUACUCGGGAUAGCAAAGUCUGCCUCACUACCAUCACGACUUCUGCACCCUAGUAGAUUCUACACAACACCGACAUCGUCUUAUCGUGCUGUACCCGUCUUACCCGAUGCCUCAUUGACGACAUUUCGAGACCACGCUUUCAUCCCUGCUGUACCAUCUCUCCUACCUCGAGGAUCGUUUUCGUCUAUUCCGGCUAGUGAAACAUGGUUCCAUAAGUCUUCGGAGCGUGAUGGUUGUUACCAUCUCAAUACUGCUUACCUGAACAAAUGGGGGUCAACUGUUGUUCCCUUGGAAAUUACGAAUGAAGAUGGCAGAUUCGCUCAGAUCCAUCAACCUCUUAAAUUCUUUCUCGAUGCUUCAGAACUCGAGACCAAGACUAGCAUUUAUCUAGCACAGGCUUCCUUAUCUGAUCUGCCAUCCUCCCUCCUGGAAGAUCUACCUACACCAGAACUCGUGUCUAAGGCCGGCAAAGGCGAUGUCUACGAUACCAGUAUCUGGUUGGGUCGAGCGCCGACCUAUACACCUCUGCACCGUGACCCCAAUCCGAAUCUAAUUGCUCAGCUGGCCGGCAANAAGCAAGUUCGGCUCUUCAAGCCUGACUUGGGCAACGCCAUCUUUCAUCAUGUUCAGACGAGCAUCGGAGGAGCUGCGAACGCUACCAUCAGAGGCGCCGAGAUGAUGGAAGGUGCUGAACGUACAGCACUCGAACAGGCCGUCUGGAAUCCUUCCUCAAACGCUUUCUGGGCAUUUCAAGGUCUGCAGUGUGAAGUCGGUCCAGGCGAUGGUCUAUUCAUUCCGAAAGGAUGGUGGCAUAGUAUCAAGGGCGUUGGACAGGGUAUGAUUGGCUCUGUGAACUGGUGGUUUCGAUGA